AUGGUUAAAAAUGUUUAUUUUUUUUUGGUUUACUUAAUGUAUUUUUUUCAUAUGUUUUCAGUAUCAAUAAGAAUGCAAAAAAAUUUAUUUAAGUAUAUAAAACCUAUUUCAAAUAAAUUUAAUUUAAUAAAAAUUAGAAAAAUUAAUAUAUUCAGAAAAGAAAAACAGAUAAAAGAAGUGAAUAUUUUUAAUGAUGUUGUAAAUAAAUAUAUAGGUCUUGAAUUAUUCUUCACGAAACUAAACAAUGUAACCAAUAACAAGGAUAAAUUAAAUUAUAUAAGAUUUUUACAUAAAAUAAUUGAAGACAAAACAUGUGAGCGUUUGAUUUUUAGUAAUAAUAAUUAUAUGAGGAUAAUUAUUUAUGUUUUAAAUGAAAGAUUUUUGUUAAUUAAAAAAAAUGAAGAAAAAAGUGAGGAUCUUGAUUACGAAAUAAUAUAUAAAAUAUUAUUAAUAUUUAAAAAUUUAACAAAAUAUAAAAAUUUUUAUCACAUAAUUUUAAACAAUUAUACCCAUAAAAAUACCAAAAUUUCCUUGUUAUACAUUAUUAUGAAUAUUUUAAGUGGAAAGAAUAACAAUGAAAAAUAUAAAGAAGCUAAUUCUAUUUUUAAUUAUUUUACGUCUUAUUUCAAAAAUAAUGACGAUGUAAAAAAUUAUAUUUCUGAUGAUGCAUCCGUAAUUGAUUCAAAUAUAAAAAGAGAAAACAUUAAAAAAAGUGAUAUUGAUGAAAUGAAAAAUAAAAUAUUUAAUAUAGGAAGAAGUAUACUGUUAAAAUUAAAAGAUGAAAAACUAAAUGUUGAAAGUAGAAAAAAUGAACAAAAAUUAAAAAAAGAAGAUAUUAUUAAGGAUGAUAAAGAAAAAAAAAAUAUAUUAACAGACAAGAUAACACUAAAACAAAAAAAAGAAAAUAUAGAAAUGAGUAAAGAAGAAAAUAUUAGUAAACUUAAAACUACUAAUAAUGAUCAAAACAAUUUUGGUGAAAAAAAAUACAACGAAAAUUUUAAUAAAAAAGAACAAAUUUUAACAAGUAAAAAUAAAGAAGAACAACAAAACAACAUAGAAAAAGUAAAUAAUUUAUCAGGAAAAAAUUCAGAUGAAGUUAAUGUUGAUUCUGAUAACUUAAUUAAUAAUGAAAAAAAAGAAAAUUAUAAUGAAAAUUUGAAGAAUUUUGAAAAAAAUAAUGAUUUAAGUAAGGAAACAAGUAAUCAAUUAAAAUAUAUAAAAAAUUAUGAAGAAAAUUUUGAUGAACGAAUGAAUAACAAGAUAAAUGAAAUAAUUGAUAGUUCAGAAGGAAAUGUAUUAUUUCUUCCUUUUUAUAUUAACAAAAAUUCCAAAGAUAAUAUUUUAACUAGUGUAAUAGUUAAUUUUCAAAAUAAAAAAAAUAUAAUAAUUUAUAAAAAAGAAACAAAUGGUAAAAAAAAAAAAAAUGAAUUAAGAAGAGAUAAUAUAUUAGAAUGUAUAGGGGAUGAAUAUAAUUGUAAUAACUAUUAUGACAUAUACGAGAAUUAUGCAGAAGACGAUUUAGAUAUACUAAGAUAUGAAAAAAAAAAAAUUAACAAAAAAAUACAAACAAAGGAUGAAAAGGAAGAUAAAAAGAAAGGGGGAAAGGAAGAUGAAAAAGAAAAAAAUGAAAAUAAAAUAAAAGAGGAAGAAGAAGAAGAGGAAGAACUAGAGGAGGAACUAGAGGAUAAUGAAGAAAAAAAAGGGAACCAUGAAAGUAAAUAUGAUAAGAACAAUAUUAAUAUUGUAUUUAAUGAUGUCAAUGAUAUAAAAGACAAAGAAAAUGAAAUAGAAACGAAAACAAAUACAGAAAAUGAAAACAAAAGUAGCACAAUAAAAAUGGGUUUAUUAGUAUUAAUUAGAAAAGGUUUUAAUUCAAAAGAUGAAAAUACAAUUUUAAAUAAAAGUAAAAAUCAAAUGACUGAAGAAAUAAAUAACUUAAAAGAAGAGUUAAAUAAUGAUAAUAGUAGAAAUGUAAAGAAUGAUACUAUUAGCUCUUUAGAAAAAGAAAAAAAUAUAUAUAGUUAUUUAAAUAUUUAUAAAUAUUUAAGUAAUAUAAAUUUCAAACUAUUUUUAUUCAAAAGGAAUAAUAAAAAAGAUCAAUAUUCCAAUGGAUAUGAAGAAAUAUAUUUAAAGAAUAAUAAUAAAAAAGGGAAAAAUAAAAUUGAUACUUUUGUUCUUACUGGUUAUGUGAAAUUUAAUUUAGAAUUGUUAAAAUAUUUUAAAAUUAAUGAUGAAGAUAAUAAAAUAAAAAGUAAUAACAUUAGUAUAAUGAAUCCAUAUUUAAAUUUAGUAUUACUUAAAAAUUAUAUUGAAUCCUUAUUUGGUUAUAUAAAUAUAAAUGAUUAUUUAACGAAUAAAUUGCUAAAAUUAUUAUAUGAAAUGUUAAUAGAGAACAAAAAUUCUGUGAUAUAUAAUUUAUAUUAUUACACAAUUUUAAAAAAAGAAAAUUUUGAAAAAAUUAUUAAAAUAUUAUCGAAAAAUGUAAAAAAUAAUUUAAAUAAAGCUAAUACAACACUUAUGUUAAGAAUAUUGUAUAUACUAUGUUUUCAACACUCUUUAUACAAGAAUAUAACAAAAAAUGAUAAUAAAAAAGAAAAAAUUGAUCUUCUUUAUAAGAAUAUAAUAAAAUACAUAGGAGAUUUGGAAAAUGAAAGUUUCAUAAAAGAGUUACAAAAAAGAGAAAAGUUAAUUGAGUGUUUAAAAUUAUUAUCUCUAUUUUUUGAAAAUAAAUAUAGAAAUCAAAAUUCUUUUUAUAUAUCUGAUGAAAAAAAGGAACAAUUCUUGUAUGAUAAUAAAAUAUUUAAAAAAAAAUUAAAUAAUAUUUAUAAUAGGCAUUUUAUAUGCGAAUAUAAGGAUUUAAUUAUAAUUAGAAAAACGAAUAUUAUUUUGAAAGCAUUGGGGGUAAAUAUGUUCGAUUUAUAUAACGAUAUUAUUUUUACAGAUAGAGAAAAAAAAACACAUGAAUAUUUAAUGAAGGAAAAUGAUAUAAAAAAAAAUUUUAUCCUUUAUUUUAAUGACAUGAUAAGAAUAUGUUUUUCCAAAAUUAAAAAAUUUGUUAUUUAUCAAAAUAAGGAAAGUAAUAUGUAUAAAGAGGUAGAUAAUGAUACUGUGAAAGAUUAUCAAAAUCAAGAUAUAACAAAAGGAAUAUUUCCUAACAAAAAAGAAGAAAAAGAUUAUUUAAAAAGUAUGAAUAAAGAAAAAAGUGAUAUUUCAAAUGAAAAAGAGAAAGCCAAUUCAAUAAUUAUAGAACAAACAAAAAACAAUCAAAUGAGAACAAAUAUUGACAAUAAUAUCAAUAAAAAAAAUGAUGAUAUUGUAAAUAUCAAUGAAGAAGAAAAAGAAAAUAAAAAAAAAUACAUAUAUAAUUUGAAUAACAAAGAGUAUAUAAGUUUUGAUAAAUUUAGAAAUAUAAUAAAAAACUUAAAAAAAAAAAAAAAAAGAAAAUUAAGAAUUUUAUGUCUCGAUGGAGGAGGAAUUAGAGGACUACUAUCAAUCGAAAUAUUAAAAUGUAUUAAUAGUCACUUAAAAAAAAAUAUAUUUGAAUACUUUGAUAUUAUUUGUGGAACAAGUACAGGAGCAAUAAUCUCUAUUUUAAUGGGUUUAGAAAAAGCACAUUUAAAUGAAAUUGAAUUUUUAUAUAAUAUAUUGAUUAAUAAAAUAUUUCAAAAAGACAUGUAUGCAGUAAGAAAUACUAGAUAUUUAUUGAAACAUUCUUAUUAUGAUUCAAAUAUUUUAAAUAAUAUUUUAAAUUCCUUCUUUAAAAAUAUUAAAAUGUUUCAUUAUAAUUCUGAUUUUUAUACUCCAUAUGUAUUUACAGUAUCAACACAAAUGAAUAUCAAUCCUUUACAACCAAUUAUAUUAAAAAAUUACAACAUCAAUUUAAAUAAAAUAGAAAAUGAUAAAGAUAAGGUAGAAGAAGACAAAGAAAAUUCUUACCAUUAUAAUGAUAUUAAUCAUAAUAGUAUUAAUGAUGAUAGUUAUAGUAAUAAAACUUAUGAUUACAUAAAUGAGGAGGAAAAAAGUAAUAAUAACAUUCAUAUAAAUAAAAAUAUAAAUAAUUUAAGUAUAUAUAAGAGUUUUUAUAAUAUAUUUGUUAAAUACGUUUUAAGAUGCACUACUGCUGCACCUGGAUUUUUUAAUUUUUUUUCUUUUGAUAACAAUAUAUAUGCUGAUGGAGCUAUUUGUUUUAAUAACCCCACAUUGUUAAGCCUAAAUGAACUAAAAUUAAUUUUUUAUAAUUAUGUAAAUAAAAAAAAAAUAGGAUUUUUUGAUAAAAUAAAAUGUCUUUUAAGAAAUAAAAGAAAGAAAGAAGAAAACGUAAUAAAUUUAAAUGAUUAUAUUGAUUGUAUUGUAAGCGUUGGUACUGGUAAAUAUAAACCUCAAAUAAUAAAUGAAUUAAAUGAAAAUAAAAGUUACGAUACAUUCUUACGUUGGGAUGUUCUAUUAAAACAAAUUGUGUAUUCCAUCACUAACACUGAGCUUACACAUGAUAUAUGUAAUAAUUUUCUUGAUAAUGAUAAAUAUUUCAGAUUUAAUUGUUUCAUUAAUAAUAUUAAAUUAGAUGAAACUUCUCCAGAAAUUAUUAUGAAAUUAAAGCAAAUAGGAAGAAGAUAUUUUGAAGAUCAUAAAUAUAAUCAAGAAAAAUUAAUCAAAUUGGUAAAUAUACUAGAAGACAAAAAUGAUAUAAAAGAAUACUCCCAAUUACAAAAAAAAAUGUGGAAGCAUUCUUAUAUAGAUUCAUUAAAAUAUAAAAUUUCCAAUUUGUUUUUUCCGAAUGAAAAAAAAAAUUAUGAAGUAUAUCCUUUUCAUAAUAAUGUAACGAAAAAUGGCUAUAACGAAAAAUUGCAGCAUUCUCGAAAAAAUGAGGAAUAUAAUUUACAUACUAGUAACAAAAAUAUGAAUGAAAUUAAAAAUAAUUUAAACAAGAAAGAAAAAAAUACGAAUUCUUCAUAUUCUAAUUUUAAUUUUAACUUCAUUAAUGACAAUGAUAAAUUUGACUUAAAUAAUAUUGAAGAAAUAUUAGAUAUAAUAAAUAAAAACAACAGUUCACUUAAAAAAAACAAUUCUUCUAAUGGUUUUUUUCAUUUUUUUAAAAAUUUGUUUUAUAAUAACAAUAAAUUUCUUAAAAAGUUAGAACAUAUGCAUAAAAGCAAUAUUUUCAUUAAAUUAAAAAAGGAAAAAAAUAAUUAUGUUAAUGUUGUUCCUAAUACUGGUAUAAGAGUAUUAUUAAAUGAAAUUUAUUUUAUCUUAUUAAAAAAAAAUUUGUAUUUUCAUACGGAUGAAAAUUAUUCGAUUACUGACAUUAAUCAAAAGGAAUAUGACAUAAAUAUUGAUAAGAUUAUUCCAUCAAAAAAAAAAAAUGUUCAAACAACUGAUAAAAAUGAACAAGAAACAAAUAAUCAAAUAGAUAGAGAAAAUAUAGCUGAUAAUGAAAAUCAAAAGUUGUUAGAAGAUAUAAAAGAAGAAAAUAUAAAUAAAGAUGUCAGUUUAAACAAAAGUGAUAAUAUAAACAAAGAUUAUAUUGUAAAUGAAUUGUACACUGAUAGUUUAAAUCAAAACAAAAAAAGUGAGAAUAAAUAUAAAAUAAAUAAAAGUGAAAACGAAGAAAAAAAAUUUAAUAUUAAAGAUCCAUCAAAUAGCAUUAAUGAAGAAUUAUUAGAUAUAAAAAAAAUUUCUAAUGCUGUAGAUAAUGAAGACAUAAAUAAGAAAACAAACUUAAAAAAUAAUAAGAAUUACUAUCAAAUAGAUCAUGACUUUUUUAAAAAGAUAAAUGAAUAUUCGUCUAAUGAUAAAAAAAGUAAUAUAAUACAAUCAUUAAAAAAUUAUUUUUUUAGAAAGUAUAUAUAA